GACUUUUAGUCUGUCACAAACUCAUUGUUGUCAUUCAGUCAUACUGCUAUCGCUCCUGGUCAGAGGUUUUAUUUUAUAUGCAGUGUUACUUCUAAAAGUUUAAUGGUCCAAUACUUAAAUAUUUAACAUUUCAUGAAUUUGUAGAUUGCUCCCUCCCAGGGGAGAGGGUUUCUUCACCAUGGUCUGUCAGGUACAUUGUGAACGCAUCCAAAAUUAGCAGUGUCUGAGUAGCUGGGCUCAGAAACGCUCUGCUUUAAUAGAUUCAGAUCUUACUAAAACAGUUGCAAGAAUUGAGGCAAUACAGCAUGUCGUUCAUCCAGAAGAUUGGAUAUUUCUUUAAAAGGCAGAUUUCUAGAGUUCAGAUGACAUUGAGCGGAUUUCUUUGGUGCCAAUGGAGACGUGACUCACCUGCUAUCAUGCUUUCCAGAGCGGCCACCAUGGCUGGGAUCACUGCUCACAAGAUCAGUAAACGCAUCACCUUCCUCGCCAAUGAUGUCGCUGGGACUCCCACGGAUUGUGUUUCACCUACUCACCCUAAACCCAUAUUGCUGUUACUGCCAUGGCUGGGCUCCAAACCGCAGGCCAUUGCCAAGUACUGUGAUAUUUACUUUCGCACAGGCUUUGAUGUUCUUGUCGUGGAAAGUGAGGUGAGCCAGUUCUUGUGGCCCCGCUGGGGGUUGGAGUAUGGUGGCCAUGUGCUGGAAUUAUUAGAGAGUGAGCGCUUCUCACAGCGCCCCCUACUGGUCCAUGCUUUCUCCAUAGGUGCCUAUACAUUUGCUCAGGUGCUUGUUCAUGUGGCCAAUGACACACAGCGUUACCAAGGCCUGACAAACAGGAUCAGGGGUCACAUCUACGACAGCAUUGUCAUGGGAUCGCUCGAGCAUAUGGCCAAUGGUCUGGGUAAAACCAUAUUUCCCCGGAUGGAAGGUCUCGUGAAGUCGGCUAGCCUUCUGUACUUUCAUGUCUUCAAAAACCAGACAGUUGGCUACUUCAGCUCAGCGAUCAGUGUUUUCUCGAACACUCCUGUGAUGGCACCUGCUCUUUUCUUCUACUCUGAAAACGAUGCACUGUGCGAUUACGAGAGCUUGGAGAAAAUGGUGGAGUUCUGGAAGAGCCAGGGCCGAAUUGUCGAGAGCAAGAAGUGGAAGGAGUCGGUUCAUGCAGGUCAUCUGCGUGCACACCCUCAGGAUUAUCUGUCCAUACUGGAGAACUUUGUGAAGUCUCUUAACAUGGUGCCUCUGAAGGCCAAAAUGUGAUUUCUGAAGGCUGUCACUCAUCUCAUUAAACAUCCAAGUUGCCUGAAGUGCCUGGUUUUAAUGUCACAGACGUUUUAAUGCUCUUUGUUCAAGUGGUACUUUGCUAAAUUAAAGUCUUGGUUUCUCAAACUUCUUCAGCCUUUUUAUAUUGAUGUGACUACAUGAAAUCCUUUUCAGCCAAAAAUUCAUACCUGGUCCAGAAGAAGAAUCUGAGCUCUUUUUGACGACCGCAGCACUGGGAUGUUGGGGUUGUGUGAUACUGCAUACAGUCUGCUGAUAUGCAUCCAGUUAGGUUUAUUGCACUACAGUUUGAAGUUCCUGUACUUUGUCUAACAUCUGUUCGGACCUCAAAAAGACUGUAACUUUUUUUUUUGGAUAAACAGUAAGCACUUGAAUAACACUUAAAAGGUUUAUUAGAUCUUUUGCUAAUAGUAAUAGUAAUCAUGGUUUAUAUUACAACUUAAUGUUUAACAUCUAUAGUAUUUGAGUACAAAUGAUCCUUUGAUCAUUUAUCUGUUACCUCUAAAGGAAACAGCCCUGACUAGUUAUUUUUAAAUCUACAGAAAUGACAUCAUUUUGUCAAAAUAUAUAUUAACAAAAUUAUAUUAUUAAAUCUAAUACACUAUUUGACACAAUCCUGGUAAACCUAUAAAAUGUUGUUUUUCUAGCAAUGACACGUGGUUUAAGUAAAGGUGGUAUUGAUCAGGUACCUAUGCAGACAAUAUGUUAAAUACAGUAAAGUGUGAUACUUAGGUUUUUAUAUUAAAUAUUUCAAUAUUUUUAUUCUGUAUUGUGUAAUGGAAAUCUUUAACUUAUGCCAACUUGAAUAUUUUAAAACCACGUUUGUGGCAAAUUAUCAAAGUUUGCUGCUGUACAAUGCAUCAGUGCAAUAAUUAAGGUUUUUACUUUUUUUGUUGCUUCAUCUUGCAAAAGUCCAAUAAAUCAUUCUUAUUAA